CUCCUAUGUUUUUAUAAUAACAGCUAUUAAAGAGUAUCAUCUUGCUGUUCCUUACACAAAGCUGCUUGUAAUUAUUAAUCACAUAAGAAACUGAGUUAAGCUUACUUGUCUUGGCUCAACCAUCAAAAUUUCCCUUUUUUUUUUUCUUUUCUUUUGUUUAUCAACAAUAAGCAUGGCAGAAGACCUUAAAUACAAAAAUAAGCUUAUUGACCUUAAGAAGCGUAUACGUGAAGUAGAAAAAGAAAAUGACUUACUCAACGUAAGAUUAUACAAAGCCCGUAAGAGUAUUCGACAUUUAAAAUUGGAAAGAGUAUUUCUGCUUGAUCGUAUAGAAAAAUCAGGAAAUCACAUUGUCGAUGACAACGAUGAACCACUUGAUUUGCUAUCAGAGAUGGAAGAUGAUUCAGAAAUAAUACAGAAAUAUAGCAAAGGCAGCAAUAAUACCCGUUCUAAGCAAGACCAAGAACAGAAACCAAAGAGAGAUCCGAAUGCACCCAAAGGCCCAGGAAAUGUCUUUUUUAUUUAUUGCCGUAUGGAAAGGGAUAAAGUAAAGGAUGAAUGUCAAACAGAUAAUCUUGGUGAAAUAACAAGGAUUUUGGGACAAAGGUGGAAGAACUUGUCAGCAGAUGAAAAGAAGAAAUAUCAAGAUAUUUUCAAAAAGGAAUACAAAGAAUAUACAGAAGCAUUAAAUGCUUAUGCAGCAAGUCUUCCAACUACAGCAGAAAGCACUGCUUCUUCACCCGCUCAACCUGUUGAUUAUUCAAACACACUUCCUCAGUCACAUGAAUCAUUUGAAGCAUUUACUGAAGAACAGAAAAAGGAAGCAUCUUAUCCCCAAGAGUCAUCAUCUACCACAACAACAAUGUCCUGGUAUCCAUCUUAAAACAUUAAAUUCAUUACUGCGCGCGCGCUCUCUCACAUACUUUGUGACUUUAUGCUACCUGAACCAUUUAUAAUCAUUUCUUUUUUUUUU